UUUUGAGUUUAUUCAUGCCGUACCACGGCCUAGUCAUGUAUUGUGUGACGUAUUCUCUUUGUCUCACGUGAACAUGUUGGAUUAUUUGCAAAUACGAUAACCUGGCCAGUUAACCUACUGUUGUGAAAACAGUGGGUGGACCAAGCAGUCCAAACUGAGCUCUUUCAAGACCUCACAACGUUACGUACGCAGAGAGGGACUGGUCGUCGCUGAAACACGAAUCUAAGACAAGCUUGUACGUGUGGCGGUCAUCUAUACAAUAACUUGUGUAGUUAUAUAACCUGGGCCGCAAAUAACCACUGUCUUGUCAUCUCUGAGACGCUGAAGCGAUCACAUGUAUGCAAGCCUUCCAGUGAGACCACAUCACCCUGUGUCGUUGUCAGACUGAUAACCCUAGCCGUACAGGUCAUCAAGAGUGCCUCAGCUGUGUAAGCCAGUUACAGAAGCUAUUACUUGUAAGGACAUUUCACCAUGGAUGAAAAAGUGGACUUAUCUGCCACCGAUCUACGUCAGCGCACCAACUACAAUGUCAACCGACCAGUUUAUACUGAAGAUGAAUUCCACCUUGGCCAUCAGGUAGCUGAUGUAUCCAAAGAGACAGUGCCACAGAAGAUCAAAAAAUACUUCCAAAAACAGUGCUCAUGUUCACCCAAGUGUUUGAAGGAGUUUGUGCUGGCUAAGAUCCCCAUACUAGACUGGAUGCCAAAGUAUUCAAUACGGGAAGACCUCGUCGGAGAUAUCUUAGCUGGCAUUACUGUAUGCGUACUCAAUAUACCACAAAGUCUGGCCUUCGCUCUGUUGGCAACCAUGCCACCUAUCUAUGGUUUAUAUGUUGCGUUCUUUCCGAUUCUCGUUUAUGCCUUCUUCGGUACUUCCCGACAAAUGGCAUUUGGUUCAUUUGGUGUGGUCAGCCUGAUGGCUGGAUCAGCCGUGGCUAAAGUUCUAGGACCACCGCCGGAAGCGCCUGCACCAUUAGCAGAUGCCAAUGAUACAGAAGCCAUAUAUAAUUUUCUUAACAGUAGCGGUUCUAAUAUCACAGAUGACGCUAUUAAUGAUUACGAGUAUCAGAAACUGUUAGCCAUGACCAGUUUAACAUUGAUGAUAGGUUUGGUACAGAUUCUCCUGUCUGUUUUUCAUAUGGGCUUUGUGACGGUGUAUUUAUCAACACCGCUCGUAAGAGGUUUCACUACUGGAGCUGCCUGUUACAUCUUUACAAGUCAAAUUAAAUUUUUAUUUGGAUUGUCAAAGUAUAUUCCACUCUACACAGGACCCUUCUCACUGGUCUAUACGUACAUUGACAUUUUCAAGAAUAUACAUCAUUCCAAUUAUAUAGAAGUCAUACUCUCGGUUUGUGUAUUAAUAUUCGUAGCCGGCGGGAAAUAUCUUGCCGACAAGUAUCGAAACAAGAUCAAAUUUACCAUGCCUGUGGAACUUUUUGCUAUCAUCAUCGGUACAGCGGUGUCUUAUUUACUCGAGCUGGAAGGCAAACACCGUGUGGAUAUUGCCGGCGAGAUUCCACAAGGACUUCCAGCUCCAUUUGUACCACCCAUACAUUAUGGGUUAUCUAUGAUUGGUGAUGCCAUUUCAAUUGCCAUUGUGGGGUUUGCUGUGUCGGUUUCCAUGGCAACUACUUUUGCCAAGAAGAAUAACUAUGAGAUUGAUGCUAAUCAGGAAAUGUUUGCCUAUGGUAUUUCCAAUUUUGUUGCUGGUUUCUUCUCGUGCUUUGUAUCUGCAUGUUCAUUGGCUCGUAUGUUGGUCUACGACAGUGCAGGUGGCAAAACUCAGUUUGCUGCUAUUGUGAAUUGUAUAAUAAUUCUCAUUGUGUUAUUGGCACUUGGACCUCUGUUUGAAGCACUGCCAAAGGCUGUUCUGGGUGCCAUUAUAGUUGUAGCGUUACAAGGAAUGUUUAAACAGUGCGCUGAUUUACCAAUCUUAUGGAGAACUUCCAAGAUUGAUUUUGCCAAAGAAGUGAAUGGUAUCAAAGUAAUAUCCAGUGGAUCUACGCUGUAUUAUGUGAACUGUGAAUAUUUCAAAAACCAGGUGUACAAGCUAACUGGUGUUAAUCCAACAACUGUCAUGGCUGCCAAGGCAGAAAUUGAGAAAAAAAUGAAACAACAGGAAAUUGAAAGACAGAAGCAGAACAAAAAGAAAGCAAAGGAGAAUGGAACAACUAUCAGUGACAAAGAGCAGGUUGACUUUGUGCCAAACCAUGAUGCCAGUGAAGAAGUCGCACUGAGUAUGCCACAAUUACCUCAUUUACAUACCAUCAUCAUCGACUGUGGCACGUUCAAUUUUAUCGACGUUAAUGGAGUGACUGUAUUGACUAAUUUGGCUAUGGAUUACAAGAAGAUCGGGAUCCGGGUGUUGUUAGCUGAUUGUCAAGGCAAUGUCAAAGAAACAUUGAACCGCUGUGACUACUUUGUCAAGAUGGAAAAGAUUGAGAUACCUGAGUGUUUGUUUGUCACAGUACAUGAUGCAAUACUCUAUGCCACUUCUGUCAAUUCUGAGAAUCAAAAUGAGCCUAUGGAUAUUAAGAAUGAAAGCUCAGUUGAAACAAAAUUCUAAUUAUCCAACGAAUGAAUACAACCAGCACUUUCAUCUCAGGAGUCUCUCUGCUUCAUUGUUGUAUUCUACGACCCUUUUUUUUUCAAUAUUAAACAUAAGAACUGAUCCCCACUCCACGGUCACAUUCAUGUGAGUGGUAUUUGUAACACCAAACUCGUGACUGCUAUCAAAAUAUCAGUGUACAUGUACUUAGAGCGAGUGCAAUGCAUUAUGGGUGGGAUAUGUAUGCAAUUUCUAAUUUUGACCUUUAUAUGCAAGUAUGACCUUUUGCAUGCAUGCAAAUCUAUGAAACACAUUUGCAUAAAUAUUUUUAAAGGAAGCGGUGGUUGUUUUUUAACGUUAAAUCUUUUAUUCUCAUCAAGUACUAGGAUUGGCUGCUUUUAAUUACUUUUUUUAUUGAUAAUUGUUGUUAUUUUCAGUAGCGAUGUCUGUGUCAUGUUUUCUUUUGUGUUUAUCUACUGUUGCUUGUGUGACAUUGUCUGUCUCGUGGACAUUGUCUGUCCCGUGUAACACCUCAUGUGAUAUACUUGCAAAGUGAUAACACUCUAAAUCUGUUACCCACCAUAAUAUUAAAAUCAUGAUACUGUAUUUGCUCUAUUAGUAGCACAUUUGUAAAUGAUGAAACGGUAUCUAUGUCCAAAAUAAUUCGUAUUUUACAGACAAUAGUGCAGUAAAUGUAAAGAAAUACACAUAUUGAAGUUGUGCUUUCAAUCAAGCAAAUAAACUAGAACAUCCUCUCUAAAAAUAAUACAUACAUGCAUUACUUCUACAUAAUUGUGUAAUUCACUGGGGCCACAUUAUCAGUUUUCAUAUUUUUUUUUCCAUAUUUUAAUUAUCCUUUUGAAAACUUUUUCUGCUUUGAAAUUAUUUUACAAAACUGUAUGAUUUCUGCUGGUUUUCAUCAUGUAAAUUCUUUUAGCGUUUUACGAAUGGCGCUGCCACAACAAUUGUCAUCCUUAAAGCAGUGUACCCAUAUCUGGGCUGAACUUGACCAGUAUUUAUACCAAGUAUAAUUAGUAACUCUGAUGUUUACACCUUAUUUUAUUUUUAAACUCAGUUUUUGGUUAUAUUAAUGUUCAUAUUUUAGUUACUCUCACCUCAAAAAAAAACAUCUUUAUAAAUAUGGAUUUCAAUAAUUCAAACUUAAACAAGAGGUUUUCAUUGGCUGAUUGAAUAGCACUGGAACAUUGGUUGGAAUCAACUGCCAUUGAAAUUUAUAAAUAUUAACAAAAAUAAAGGGAGUGCCUUUGUUCUGUUCUGUUGUUGAGUAUUGUCCAGUGCUUUUUUUCUUCAGGUUGAAGAAAUUUUUCGAUUUUGACAAAAUUCUUUGAAUCAGUCAGUGCCUUUCCAUGUUCAUAAUAAUCUAGAAACAAGGAAUUAUCAAUGUCCAGAAACAAAAAUAUUCAGGAUGUUUAACUAUUUUUUCUUUUUCAUGAAUUAGAUUAAUUGAA